AUGAAGGCCAUCUCGGCUCACAUCUCGGGGUACUACCGCUCGUCGUUCCACGCGUAUACAACCGAGGUGAACGUUGAUGGGCAUCGCUGGCGGCUUGGGUUGCGCUACAGCAAAUUCCACCGCUUCUACGACCAACUGAUGGUGCUGGAGAAGGACUUUGAUGCGGAGUUUCCACCCAAAGGCACGCUGUUUUUCACGCCCAAGCCAGAAGAGCGACAACAGCAGCUCGAGGUCUUUUUGCAGCACGUACUUGCGUUCUACGCUUCCAAGGGGUACCCGCUCGAGAUUGAGAACUUGCUGUGUGACCUGCUCAAGGUUCCCGGUCACUUGAGGUCUCCGGAACACGAGGACGACGGCGGGUCAACUGGUACUGAGAGUCUGCCGGAUGAACCCAUGCCGGAUGCUAAGGAGAAGACUGUGGAUGAGGGAGAGGUAGAGCUGACGACUACCAAGUUAGUGGCUUCGAGUGAAGGGAUCGGGGCUCAGAAAGAAGGAGACACUGGACCGCUUGAUGAAAAGGAGAAAGAGGAUGUGGUGGCUGCUGCUGAACUAGUGCCACUAGUUGCUGCCGUCGCUACGGAGUCUUCUUCUGCUGCAGAGCAGACAGAAGAGGAUCGUGUCGAUGACGACGAUGAGGAGGCACAAGGCGCGGUACUUGUUGUUGAAAAGGACCGUGAGGAAGCUUCUCCUGCUGAUGAAGGAGCAGAGGCGCAAGUGGAUACACCUGCAAUUGCAGAGGGACACGAGGAAGAUCUUGCUGCAGGCGACGAAGCAGAGACAACCGCUGCCACAGAGGAGCAGGACGAAGCUUCUGUUGUUGAUGACGAAGCAAAGGUGCUUUCUGAUGCGGAGAACCACGAGGAAGCUUGUGCUGCCGACGAAGAAGAAGCACAAGAAGCGACAUCUGCAGCGGUUACUGGCGACCGUGAGGAGUCUACUGCUACUGUUUCUGACGAGGUUGAGGCAAGGGAGGAGACACCUGUGAUUGCAGAGGACCGUGACGGGAACGAGGCUGUCGUGGACGACGCAGAGGUGAAAGCAGGUACACCUGAGUGUGUGCAAGACUGUGCAGGUGACGACAAAGCAGAGGUUGAAGAGGAGGCACCCGCGGAUGAGGAGGACCGUGGAGAAGCUCGUGCUGAUGUUGAAGAAGCACAGGCACAAGCUGAGGCUCCUGUGAUCGACCGUGAGGAAGUUUGUGUUGUCCACGACGCAGCGGAUGCAGACGAGGUGGUUCCGGAGGCGACCAUUGAGCCAACUUGUCUGGAAGACGAGACUGACUGCGUUGUGCUUCAAUCGCCGGUUCAGGAGCUUGUAGAUGAAGCAGUCAAGGAGGAGGAGGAGGAGGAGGAGAUGUGUGUUGCCACCCAGGAGUCUACGACGUCGACACCUGAGAAGUCUAGCGAGCAGUUGAUUGCCGAGUCCACGGCACAGACAUCGAUGCAAUCAAAGCAGCAGGCAGUUGACAAGCAGUUAACUAGCGAGCGUGUCGCCGUCGACGAGAACAAGAACGAGAAGGGACUCGGUGCUCGCAGCCGCGUGUCUUCACGGUUCACUGUUCAAUUGCCCAAGUCCGUGCUCUUGUUUAUUCGACAACGCUGCCUGAAGAAGACCAAUCUGGUGAUACUUUGUGUCGCAUUGCUGCUACCGGUGGUCCUAGGUCGCUGUUAA